AUGUUUCCUGUGACCCAGCCACUAGCACAAAGCGAGAACAAAGCACUGCUCUUCCAAAGGCUUGGUCUCAACGAGCGCGACCCUCGCCAUCGCCACCUCUACUCUUUAAUGAAAGCCGAAGCAAUCGAGGGCUGGUCUAGGUUGACCGCGAGAAGAGAUGCCCUUUCACCGCGCCUCCAACAGGACUGGUCACUUGAGCCUCCUUAUACUUUUGGUCAAAUAGACGAAGUCGCAUUCCAGGCGGAGGCAAUCUAUAUGUGGCAUCACGCUCAAGCAUCAACUCGCACAAUUUAUGAAUUAGGUCAACACUCCAAAGGCGACUUAAAAGACAAUUGGAUUAUAAGGUGGCUUCUGUGGCACGUCUUUCGCUAUCGAGACGAUCGAAAUAGGAUCCAUCCUAACCUACGGCAAGUAGCGCCGCCAUUGCCGCAAAGUCAAGGCUCCACUGCAGCUCACGUUAGACAUGAGAAUCCUGUUCGCUUCUGGGAUCCUGUUCGCGAGCACUAUCGUGAUUAA